AAUUGCUGAGCUACACAGCCUUUCACUGGAAGAAGGGGCACCUGUCUAGGCCCUGAAACGUCAGGUUAAGGACAGAAGCUCUUUGAGCAGGCUGUUCCUCUUCCAGCAGUGGACACUUGUCUACCUAUGUGCACAAAACAGAUUUCAACCGGACUACCCUUUAUCCAAUGCUGAGUUAAAGGGGCCCCGCGGAGGCUAAAAUCAGGGCAGCCCUAAUGGGUGGCAGGCAGCUGUCACACGAAGGUGUGAGGCGGCUUCUCCUCCCUUAACCCUCGACCCUCGACGAAGCACGGUUGGAGAAGCAACAGAGAAUAAUAUCCUCUGGCAGGUGUGUGUCCUUCCAGGGAACUGAAAGGCCGGCCCCUGCAGUAGAGUGGAUUCUCGAGCAGAUCAAAAGGUCACUGUCCUCGUCUCCCCGCGGCACCGUGAAUGGAGCCGCAAAUCCAGGUAGUCACCAUCCAGCCAACAAAACCAUAUGCCCGGCCAUUUGGGAGUUCAAGGAAUGCUCCAGACGCAUCCCGUGACCCUCUUUAGGAUCCACAGCGUCCGAUAUCAAAAAGUUUCGAGACGGAAGCCCAAGCCGGGUAAGUCACCACGGCACAGACACUGGGUCGGCCGCGAAGGGGUCACAACGGACCUUCCCGAGCCUCGUCCCCACUGGAUCUUUCAGAACACAGGGAGGAAACCAGCGGCACGCCAAGUUCCCGGCGGACACCGGAAGGAGCAACGCAUGCUGGGAAGCAGGCGGCUCCCGUGAUCCGCGAAGUAUGCUGGGCACGGAGCUGCAUGCUGGGCUCGGUAGUGGGCCAAGCGACCUACACCAAAGCUUCCUGUGGUCCCCUAGACGUCGAGCUCACGCGACUGCAGCGGCGCCGUCCUGAGAAUAACUCACACAGAUUUAUCAGGGUAGCGCCGGCGGGGAAGAAACGGAGGCGACGAACUCUCGCGAGAGCAGAAUCUGACCGUCUCUCCCCCCCCCCCCCCCCCCGGACUCGGAGCUGAAGCGCGUGCGCGAGUAGGCGGCUGUGUCACGUGACCCGGGAACGGCGCCUGGUUGGCCGCUGACGGGUUACCGGGACAACGGAGCUUGCGGCGCCGGGGCGGGUCAGCCCCAGGAGGUCUCGCGGGCUAAGCUGACCGGGUUUGCAGCAGCGACGGUCACGCACUCGCUCCCGGGCGGCGACCGAGUCCACAAGCCGCAGAUGGGAGCCCAGGGCGCCGAAGAUGCAGGCGGUCCGGGCCGAGACGGCGGCGCGGGAGCUCUUCCGGGACGCCGCAUUCCCCGCCUCGGACUCCUCGCUCUUUUUCAACUUGUCCACGCCCCUGGCCCAGUUUCGGGAGGACAUCACUUGGAGACGGCCCCAGGAAAUUUGUGCCACACCUCAGCUGUUUCCAGAUAACCCAUGGGAAGGACAGGUGAAGCAAGGGCUGCUGGGGGAUUGCUGGUUCCUGUGUGCCUGCGCUGCCCUGCAGAAGAGUCAGCACCUCCUGGACCAGGUCUUCCCUCCAGGACAGCCAAGCUGGUCUGACCAGAAGUACCAAGGUUUCUUCACCUGUCGAAUUUGGCAGUUUGGACACUGGGAGGAGGUGACCAUAGAUGACCGCCUGCCUUGCCUUGCUGGGAGACUCUGCUUCUCCCGGUGCCAGAGAGAGGAUGUAUUCUGGCUUCCCUUACUGGAAAAGGCCUAUGCUAAGGUCCAUGGAUCCUAUGAGAACCUGUGGGCGGGGCAGGUGGCAGAUGCCCUGGUGGAUCUCACUGGAAGCCUGGCAGAAAGGUGGAGCCUGAAAGACAUAGUGGGAGCCAGUGGCCAGCAGGACAGAGCCAGUGGCGGGGAGCAAAGGACUUGUCGGCAGCUGCUCCGCCUGAAGGACCAGUGUGUGAUCAGCUGCUCUGUGCUCAGCCCCAGAGCAGGUGCCAGGGAGCUCGGGGAGUUCCAUGCCUUCAUCGUCUCAGAUCUUCGGGAGCUGUGGAGUCGGACUGGCCGGGGCAUCCUCCUGCUGCGCAUUCACAACCCUUGGGGCCGACGUUGUUGGCAGGGCCUCUGGAGAGAGGGGGGUGAAGGGUGGAACCAGGUAGAGCCAGCUGAGGAGUCCGAGCUGCUGGCACAACUCCAGGAAGGCGAGUUCUGGGUGGAGGAAGAGGAGUUCCUCAGGGAAUUUGACGAGGUCACCAUUGGUUACCCAGUCACAGAGGCUGGCCACCUACAGAGUCUCUACACAGAGAAGGUGCUGUGUCACACACGGGCACUGCCUGGUGCCUGGGUCAUAGGGCAGUCGGCUGGAGGCUGCCGGAACAACAGCUGCUUUCCCUGCAACCCCAAGUUCUGGUUACGGCUCUUGGAACCCAGUGAGGUGUGUGUGGCUGUCCUUCAGAGACCCCGGAGGUGCUUAGUGGGCCAGACCCGAGCACUGGUGGGUGCCAGUCCUGCACCGGUGAAUCUCCCAGGCAAGGACUACCAGGCUGUGGGCCUGCACAUCUGGAAGGUAGAGAAGCGGAAGGUCAGCCUGCCCAGAGUCCUGUCCUCACCACCUGUGGCUGGCACUGCAUGCCAUGCGUAUGACCGUGAGGUCCACUUGCGCUGUGAGCUCUCCCCGGGCUACUACCUGGCCGUCCCUAGCACCUUCUUGAAGGAUGUGCCAGGGCAGUUCUUACUCCGGGCCUUCUCCACAGGGAAGAUCUCCCUCAGUGCCGUCAGGCCAGCCACCAAGGGUACAAAGUCACCUGGAGCAGCGCUGCCUGCAGGCGAGUGGGAGACCGUGCAGCUGCGGGGCUGCUGGAAGGCUGGCCAGACAGCCGGGGGCAGCAGGAACUUUGCCUCUUACCCCUGCAACCCCUGCCUCCCCUUCUCCGUUCCUGAGGGUGCUGGUCCUCGCUACAUCCGCGUCACCCUGCACCAGCACUGCCGACUCGGUGACGGCCAGCUCCACCCCAUUGGUUUCCAUAUCUUUCAGGUUCCAGCAGAUGGUGAGAACCAGAAUGCAUGUUCCCUGCUGCUCCAGGAGCCACUGCUAAGCUGUGUACCACAUCGCUAUGCUCAGGAAGUGAGCCGCCUCUGCCUCCUGUCAGUGGGGACCUACAGGGUUGUGCCCUCCACCUACCUGCCAGAUACAGAGGGCACUUUCACGGUGACCAUAGCAACCAGAAUAGACAGGCAGUCCAUUCACAGCCAGGAGAUGCUGGGCCAGCUACUCCAAGAGGUCUCCUUCAUGGCCGUGAUGAAAGCCUGACUGAGCAGCUGUGGGGCUUUCGUGGCCAGGGGCAGCAUCCACUUCCUGCGCUCAGCAUCUGGGCACAUCUCCAGCCGGGCGCUACCCUGGGCUUCUCCGCAGCUCUGAGGGCUGCCUGUGGAUCCUCAGCUGAAAGUAGGGUGCUUUGUCCUGGACAUCUUGGGGUCCAGUGGGUGCUGCAGGGUGGGGCUAGACUCCCAAAUGACAUCUUCAUUCCUCAGUGAAGACCAGGAGACCUGGAGGCCAGGCCUGUUGUGGAAGGCUGUGCAGAAUCCUCAGACCCUUCUUGACUUCGGAAGCCUUACACCAGGCAGGCAGGUUACGACAAAUGUUGAAAACUGUUUAUUACUUGAAAUAUUUUUAGGAUAUGACUUUGUAAAUAAAUCUGAGUAAUUUA